AUGUCAUCAGUUUUCAAGCAUGCCCGAAGCCUUUCGGGAGUAUCGCGGCUAAGAGCAGACCUGCUCAAUAGUCGUUUAUACAAGGCAAUAUAUCAUCAUGACACCGAGUUUCCCAUACCUCAUUGGCGCAAUUCCCGGGCUGGCCUAAGCCCAGGCAGUUUCCGUUCGUUUCAGUCCACUGCGCUCCUCAAUGUGCCCGAGUCACUUGCAAUCGACACUCAACCCUCACAACUUGGUGAUCAUUUCAACAAAAAGCGGUUAGAUUCCUCACCCGAUGAACAAUGCGCAACAGUGCUCCAAGACUCAGUGGAUAGCUCGCUCGGAAAGAAAAGACUGCAAAAGACCCCCAGCAUCAGAGUGAAACCGAAACCCACCGAAUAUCUCUCCAAAGCUUUGCGAAAUGCUGGCCACGCCCUCGGACAUAAUGGUCAAUCAGCCGGGCUUGACCGAGCCCACACCAAAUUUGCACUCCAAACACAGAAUGAGUUGAGGACAGUUGGUCGACCAAAAAAGCCGUCACUGCCGGUUAUUCUUGGGGAGUACAUACGAGAGGUGGACUCGUUACUUUCGUCUACGUCGGAUAAGCGUGCUGAUAAGGGUUUGGAUAUCGCUCUCCGGAAAGUAUUCAGAAACACGAGUCAUGACUAUCUAUCAUCGCGUGGCUACGAUGUCGCCGAUGUGACUGCUUGGGCCUGGAUCAUGAAGAGCCGGAAUCCCCACGAGGCAAUGGUCCGGCUGUUCUUGUUCGAAACUGACAGAGCCAAGUCUGGCGCUACUAGUCCGAAGAUUCCACCUUUUAUCCCGCUCCAGCUUUUAAGACAGCACAACCUUGAUGCUCACACUUUUCGUUUGCUCUUAAUCCACUCUUUACACCUCAUGAGCGGACAUACCUUCCCCAUCACUGAAACUCCCGCUGAUUUCGCCGAAAAUGACCCUGAGCUAUCACCCGAGGACUUCCGUCCUCAAAUUGAUUCUGGCACUUGCAUGAUUUUGGUAGUUCGUUUAAUCCGUCAUGCUCGGCGCGUAUGGCCGCAAUCACUUCUUACUAUUGCACGUGCAUUCGCCCGCUUCCUCUCAGCCUCAAGGACCGAUGACGCUGAGAGAUCAGUUUUGGCGGCUCGACAUGACGAUCGCGUCAAAACCGUCAAAUUUAACGAAUGUCUCUGGCUACUUUCCAUACCAGCCAACAUUGCUCCUUACCGCUCAACAGCUAUUCAACAGCAAGCGCAAUUUGAACUUCUUCGAGCCAUGGCCACCCACAACCCCGUCCUUCCUGUUACAAGACAAGGGUAUCGAGCAGUCGUUGCAGUCCAACUGGCCCAUAAGAAGACAUCUGAAGAGCGCCAGUCCGCUGAGCUAAAAGCUCCAUCAUGGCCUCCAUGGAAGGAAGAAAAACUGGGGAUUGAUUCCCAGCGCGGGAAUGAAGGCAUGUUCAGUCGUGCGAUGCAGGUACUUUCACAAAUGAAAGAUGCUGGUUAUUCUCAUCGUCUUUGGGAGGACAUAUCCUCGAUUUUGGCGGGUUGGGACACAGAUCACAGCCCGACGGUACAGACGAGGGCUAUGAUGCGUCGCCCGCAAGCUUUACCGGACAGACAUGGAUUCAAGUCGAAUCACCAUGAAAUGUGGGUUGCUCGUAUUCGCUCUACUAGGACUGUCCGUGAGGCCUGGGCGUGUUUUCUCUCCUACCAGGAUCGUGGCCUGCCCUUGAAGGGUGCCAUCUACGCUGCGAUGGCUGAAAAAUUAAUAUACCGACGAAACGCCAUAGAACGCGAGUUUGACCAAAUGAGUCAUGCUCUACCAGGAGAUGGCCGCGAAGUCCACCCGGAACCAGCUUCUGCUCGUGACAUUAUCUAUGUGCCCACAGAACCACCUACCGUGGAUGAGUUCCUUGAUCAGAUGCGCGGACGGGGGCUUCGUCCUUCUGGGAGAUUCCUCGGGUUAUUACUUCAGUCGGCUACUUCUCUGCGUUCGGGGUUGUAUUACCUUGAAUCCAGUGGCCUGACAGUUGCUCAAAUUGAGGCGCUCUCUAUUGUGCGGGCCAAGUCUCGCACGUAUCACACCUUGGACCUUGAUGCUUUUCAUGAAAUGCCGGACUUUGUGUUUGCAUCGUUCAUCAAGUUUCUAUGCACCCAUUCGGAUAUUGCCAGUCUGGAUGCGGGCAAUCGAAAUAUUCUCACAGCCGACCGUUUCCCGGCAUUGAUAGCCGCCAACUGCUCGACCGGUGCGAAAGUGGACCUUGUCGCAUAUUCCGAGGAACAUCCAGGUAAUAAGCAUCAUCCAAGGGCUUUAUGGCACGCGAUCCAAUUGACCAAAUUGCGACGUGCUCCUUACACCCCAUCCUGGACCCACAUAUUAUCUGCUCUGACCCGUGAGCGCCUUACCGGGUAUUAUGGCCCAAGAAGCCGAAGUCUUCAGCGCAUACUAGCAUGGCACCAGGCUCUCAGAGCAUUAGGCUGGAUGCGACAGCGUGAUGUCGCACUUGGCGAGGAAGGAUUCCGCAUUUUAUGUGUGGCGUUCACGAAAGCCAUUGACGCUGCCCUUAGACACCCUGGAACUGCCGAACAAAGCUUUAUGCUUAUUCAUAAAGCUCGCAUUCGUCGUCUCAAGGCUAGAAACGAAGGCGAUGACGAGGUAGAUGCUUUGAUGCAGCACGCGCUGCAGGUUUUGAAGCAUGAGUUUGAUUAUCUCGUGCUCCCGGCCUCCAAAACAUCGGAGCAUGCGGAGCGAAGUGUCUUCGCAGCAGAAACCACUUCUGAAACACAACUCAAUGUUCCCUCGAUGCUGCAAAUACCAUCACCUGCUACGCUACAUGCCUUUGUUCGGGCUCUGGGGUCUGUAGGAGAUGACGAAGGGUUGUUACAUCUGCUGCACUGGAUGUGUCGGUCAGCUGAUAUAUUGAAAGAAGCUGCAGACGAACAUGCAAACGGAGACAAAAUGAUGCGUCGAACCCUUGUGGCGAUCAGGGUGUUUUUGGAAAGACAACAGCAACGGAUUGACACGCGGGUACCAUCGGAUCUGAUCGUGGAGGCAUACGACCUUAUCAGCCGGACAGGCUGGGACUGGCCGAGUGAUGCGGAGGUUGCAGAAUACUUCCGCCUCUCCACACCCCUCGCGCACCUCCGGGCGACCGCGGUGCCCACCCGGGUUUUCAUCUCUCGCUACAGCACCAGCACAGAAGACGACAUAAUCAAGACCCAGCAGGUCCCCGCCCCAGGCUCAGGGCAUGUGCGCGUGCUGCAACUGAACCGUCCCAAAGCCCGCAAUGCGAUCUCUACCCACUUACUCGACACGCUCUCGAAGCAUGUGGACGCCAUCGCCGCCGAAGGAGGCAACGGGCCAACCCGGGCAUUGGUUGUAGCAAGCAACGCAGACGCAGCGUUCUGCGCAGGCGCAGACCUGAAGGAACGCGCUAACAUGAGCAUGGCCGAAACCGAAGACUUCCUCCUCAAACUUCGCUCCACCUUCCAAAAACUCGCCUCCCUCGAAAUCCCCACCAUUUCCGCCGUCUCGUCCCUAGCCCUCGGCGGCGGCCUCGAGCUCGCCCUGUGCACGCACCUGCGCGUCUUCGCAUCGUCCAGCGUCGUGGGCCUCCCAGAAACACGUCUCGCUAUUAUUCCCGGCGCAGGCGGCACAUACCGACUGCCUCCGAUUAUCGGCGUCAACCGCGCCCGGGACAUGAUCCUCACUGGCCGCCGGGUGACCGGACCCGAGUCUUACUUCAUUGGGCUCUGUGAUCGGCUUGUGGAGAUACUGCCUGAGGAGGAGGCUCAGGAGGGCGUUGCGCGCGAACGUGUCCUGCGGGAAAGUAUCAAGCUUGCUCUAGAUAUCUGUGAAGGUGGCCCUAUUGCUAUCAAGAUGGCGAUGCAGGCUGUCGAUGCCCACGCUCUGGGUGAGCGGGCGGAGAAUGCGGCUUAUGAAGCAGUUGUCGAGACUGAUGAUCGGUAUGAGGCGCUGCGCGCCUUUGUUGAGAAGCGGAAGCCGGCGUUCCGUGGGAGGUAA